UUCAUGGUGUUUUGAAUAUUUAACGCUUUGAGUAUUAAUAUUACAAGUAGAGAAUUAAUAUUCCAAUACGUAUAACCUUUACCUACACUGUACAAGGAAAACGUCUGCGUCUGUGUGUUUAGUAAGGAGGGCGUUUAUGACCAUUCUAAGGAGCCUAUAACCACCAAAAAAUUGUAUUAAUUUCAAAUCAUGGGGUUCGAGGUGUGUGGACCAAAUGAAGUCAUAGUUAUUUCAGGAUGUUGCCAUUCAUCUCCCGAGAUGAUCGUUGGAGGGCGGGCGUUUGUCUGGCCGAUAAUUCAACAGAUGCAGAAGCUAUCUCUCAAUACCAUGACAUUGCAGAUCUCUACGGACAAUGUGUACACAAGGCUUGGAGUGCCAGUUUCUGUUACUGGUGUUGCUCAGGUUAAAAUUCAAGGACAAAAUCAAGAAAUGUUAAAAGCAGCCUGUCAGCAAUUUCUUGGAAAACCGGAAGCAGAAAUAGAACAAGUUGCUAUGGAAACAUUAGAGGGCCAUCAGAGAGCCAUCAUGGGUACAAUGACAGUUGAGGAAAUCUAUAAAGACCGUAAGAAGUUCUCAAAGAAUGUGUUUGAAGUUGCUUCAUCUGACUUGGUAAACAUGGGUAUCUCUGUGGUCAGUUAUACACUGAAGGAUGUCAGAGACAGUCAUGGUUAUUUAAAAGCGCUUGGCAUGACACGUACAGCUCAGGUUAAGAAGGAUGCCCGUAUUGGUGAAGCUGAGGCUAAACGAGAUUCUGGUAUUAAGGAAGCAAGAGCUGAGGAGGAGCGAAUGGCAGCAAGGUACACAAACGACGCAGAGAUUGCAAAAGCUAAGCGAGAUUUUGAACUCAAGAAGGCAGCUUACGACAUGGAGGUACAGACAAAGAAAGCUGAGUCAGAGUUGGCCUACGAAUUGCAGGCUGCCAAGACCAAACAGUCUAUCAAGGAAGAACAGAUGCAGAUUAAGGUUGUAGAGAGAGCUCAGCAGAUUCAAGUACAACAACAAGAGAUUUCACGUCGCGAGAAGGAAUUGGAUGCGCAAGUAAAACAACCAGCCGAGGCUGAGAAAUACCGGCUUGAAACGAUUGCUGCAGCUAACAAGAAGAAGAUCAUCCUGGAGGCAGAAGCAGCAGCUGAGGCUGUCAGAGUGCGUGGAGAAGCUGAAGCGUAUGCAAUUGAAGAGAAAGCCAAGGCUGAAGCUGAGCAGAUGGCUAAGAAGGCUGAUGCCUGGAAAGACUACCAAGAUGCUGCAAUGAUAGACAUGGUUUUGGAAACUCUACCAAGAGUGGCUGCUGAAGUUGCUGCCCCACUUGCUCAGACCAAGAAGGUUACAAUGGUCUCUAGUGGCAAGGGCGAUGUGGGUGCGGAAAAGCUGACAGGCGAGGUGAUGGAUAUCAUGGACCGCCUACCCAAGCUUGUCCAGAGCAUGACUGGUGUGGAUAUCCACAAGAGCAUUGCACAAACCCGUGUCUAACAAUCAUUUUGAAACUUUACAAUCAUGAUGGGGAAGAUGUCAGCUCCAGAAGAGUAAACAUCUGCACUUCAGUGAGGUUGUAUUGUAAAUAAUUGAAUCUCACAAUAUUAUCUAGCAUUGUAUAUAGAAUCAUUUUUUUCAGUUGUGUGUUUUUCAUAUAGUAAAUAGUGAAAUUAUGUAGUAGUGACUAUUUACAAGAGAUUUUGAUGCAUUGUUACCUGAACCUUGUAAGUUUUAGAAAAACAAUAUUUAAGAUGAUAGGCUUUUUUUAGGCUGGGCACUCACAGCACCUGAUGUUCGUCGAUUUUCUGAAUAGUGCAGCGUGACGAGGCACGUUAGUGGAUCAUUUUUUAUGAUUGCCACUGACUAUCAGCAGACAGUAUCACAUUGUGUAACACUCACAGGGAGCAGAGUUUGAUCCAUCGUGUAACUGUCCUACGACCGUCACACAAAGCAGUGAGUGUCUGGCUUUAGAAUACUCAGACUCCGUUUAAAUGAACAUAUAUUUCUAAUGUGUUGGACAGUUCCAAUAUUGGUCAUUGAUAUCUUCUUUCAAGUUCAGUAUCUGCAGUUGGUUAAGUGGUAUAUUAUACGCUGUCUGUCCUUAAGUAUAAGUACAUAUAAUAAUAAAAUCAUUUAGCUGUGUUCUAAAUUUAUCAUCUUGUGUGGUAGAUUACUAUAGUUUUUGUGAUGUUUUUUAUCAUUGUUAGAUAAUGGCUGCACAAAGAAAAUUGAGCUUUGAAUGAAAUACCAUUUUAAAUUGUUGAAUGAUAAUUAUGAUUGAUUUUAUUUCCAUUGUUACAUCUAAAGGGGAAAAAUGAUAUAUGUGCUUAGGAUUAUUUACUCAUUAAAUUAACUGAUGUAUUGAUUGCUUAAAGGACCAUGUUAUCUUAAAAUUUUCAUUCAUUGAAAAUAAGACCAUAUGCAAACAAGAAAUCAUAAACCCCACCAUGGAUUUUAUUCCAGGCCUGUGACAUCUGGAGACAGCACUGACCGCAUUAUAUCGUACAGCGGUACAAUGCAAUGCAAAGUUGCCUAUACUAUUUCUAAUUUCCUUCUUGUCAAUCCUGUUGAUGAUUGUAUUGAACAAAAACAUGCUUGGUGUUAUUAACUUUUAUAUUGAUUUUAUAUAAUAUCAACAUAAAUAUAAUGGAAUAAUUACAGGUUAAUACUAUAUUUAGAUAUUGCGUUUUUUUUUUUUUUUUUAGUUAAGAGCUGUUAUUGAUGAUAUUGAGAUUUGGAUGCAACAAAAAUUGCCACCAUUAAUUUUGUUAUCACUACUUCUCUUUUUAGAUAAUAAAAUUGGGUGAUUUAAUGUAAUCAACUUCCCUUCUAUUAAUUAUGAUAUAUGCAUUUACUGUAUGCAUGGUUGUUGAUUAUAGUUGGAAUAAAGGUAAAUAAAUAAAUAAAUUCUUAUAUGCCAUACUGAUAAGAUGUAUUAAUUAAUUACAUUAGUUAAUUUUGUAAUUAAUACUGUACCAACAUGGCUACAUCAGAUAGAGGUGAAAUUAUUUUUUGUCUUAGUGUAGUUUAGAUAUUGUUCAUAUUCUACAAUAUACAAGGUAUUACAUCAUUUUCAAUGUAUAUAAGCCUAUUCUUAUAUAGGAGUAUCAAAUAUGGUAUUUAGUUUUACUAUUUAUUCCUCUUCCUCAUAACAAUUAAUAUCUGGUUAAAGUAACAAGUGAUUUUCAGUGAGGUUUUGUAAAUGUAUUUCAAUAAACAGAAUACUAUAAUAGUUGGAAUUGCAAUUAUUGUUUUAAUUUUUAAGACUGAAUGCUUUUAAUUAUUCUUAGCCCAUUUCCAUGUGCAUAAUACCAAAUAUUAGAAUUCCGAAAUUUAACAUUUCUUACAACUAGUCAAUCAUUUUUAGUAUAAUGAUAUUUCAAAUGAUAUUUAGAUAAUACUUUUGAGAAAUAAUUUCCUGUAUGUAAAGUGGCGAUGGUUUGUAUCUACUCGGCGAUGAAAGUAUUAAAGUCAUGUGUAUAUAGUAUAA